AUGGGUAAUGUAGUGUCUCUUGUCGAUAUUCAACACAGCAACCCCGCCUCAGAGGAACCUGUACCACUGGAACCCAUUUCGGAGGCUCAUCAACGUCCUUCGGCUCCUGCAAGGGCAACCACUCCUCUUUCUCAUAUACGUCUGACUUAUCCACAGGUGCUGGGCGCCUUCGCACUACCACUUAUUAUUUCCCCUUCUCCGGGUGAGAAUCCUCUUGAUUCCCCUCCGCUAUCGCCCACACUUUCCUUCCAUACUGCUCCUUCUACACCUGUCACCUCUCCGCAAGGCGAAGAUCCACCACCAGAUCCUCCGCCUGUUCCUAUCUUUGGCAACUCCACACCGCCAUCACCACCGCUCACAAACAUUCCAUCAAUAGCCUCUGUUGAAAUCGAAACAAUACCACCACUCGAGGCCCUUUCAUCGCCUGACUUUGCACUAGAUUUCACCCUCGAUGAUGAGGGUUUAAGUACCCUUGAAAAGAUAUACCUUUUUUCUCGUAGUAGAUCAGCGCAUCACAGGGUAUUUAUUUCACAUGCUCUACCAGCAUUCCUAGCGCAGGUAUCGCCUAUAGAGGCUGUCGAGUAUGUCCUACCUCUGCUCCCGAGUUUGUCUGUUGAUGAAGACGAGGCAGUGAAAGAGGCUCUAUCAGCGGAGCUUGUUUCCAUCAUGUGGUGGUUUUUCACGCAUUGUCACUUGGUUGAAGAGCCGAGCGACCCGUCUAAUGCCGAUUAUUCUCAGCCUCAAUCUGACGAUCAGGUCACGUUAAUUUCAGUCCAGGCGUUCACUCCUAUUCUAGCAACGCUCCUCCUGAGCUCAAACGGAGUUGUCAGCGGCUCUGCGAGAUCUGCCGUUGUUGAAUUACUGGCAAGAAUACAUAAGGCUGAUGAUCUGGGAGACCAACACGCUGAUGACCUAUCUUGCGGAUUAUUCGGGAGACACGAAAGGAUGCUGUUCGAAGAAGAGGUCAUCCAGCAACUUGUGAUAGGUAUGGGCCGCCUUGAACCAGGCGAAGAUGAAAUAGAUCCGGAUGAAGUGUGGUAUACACCCGCGUUAGAGGUUCCUCAGCCAGAUCCUUUACCAAGCAACAGUCCCGUCAAUCCCUGGAGAAUACUGGUCAACACAGUCCAAUGCAGAUUACUGAGGGACCCUGGGAGCACGACUCGAUACCUACUCACGACUCACGCUGGAUCUGCAAAUUCUGAUACUGAGAUGGACGGGGAGGAAGACAUGGAUCCCGGCGAACAAGCCGCUGUUGGACGACUAUCAAGCAUGAGUCUCAUUGCUGCCGUAGUUGCUGGGGGCACACCGAGGGCCGAUACUCAACGUGCUUUCGUGAGAGAAGUUGAACGAGUCGGAAGAGAUCCUAUCCACUGGGUCAGAAGAGAGGCGUCAUUUGCGUUGGGUGCUCUUGCGAAAGUCGUUCCCGAUGAGCUUAUCAUUGGCUCGCUCCUUCCAUUGUUUGAAUCCCUACGUGCCGAUCCCGCAUGGCACGUGAGGCAUUCCUCCCUUUUUGCCUUGCCUGCGCUUUUGUCACGUUUGCCAUCAAGCCUGCGCCGAUCAAUCGCUGUCUCUACUAUCAUGCCUCUGUCGCGAGACGAAUCUGCUCCAGUUCGCACUGGGGUCCUGGAGGCCCUAGGAGAAGUUGUAUACACCUUCCAUGAUGAUGACCGCGGACCACCCGAUGAACUUCUACGUCUGUUCCUUGGCAUCGACAAUAACUCUCCACCACGAGAACGUUAUGUACACCCUACUCGACGAUCACCAUUACAGGUACUGUCCGCAAAUGCUCCAAUGUUAAUAGUUGAUGAUGACCCAGCUCGUCCGCUUGCGUGUGCAUUUAACUUUCCUGCGGUAGCAUUUACCCUUGGCCGAGCGCGAUGGGGAGAGCUACGAGGACUAUACCUCACACUCGCGCAGGACCGCUCGCCUAAAAUUCGGCGAACAUUAGCUGCGAGCCUUGGUGAAUUAGCGAAGAUUAUCGGUCCAGACAAUGCUCAACGAGAUAUGAUGAGCCUGUGGUGGGAUGCGAUGCGAUCUGAAGACGAUCACGAGAUUAAAUUCAAAGCAAUUGAGGCUGUCCCUCUCUUUGUUGAGGCUUUGGGCGAGGGAAGGGCGAGGGAGGAGGUGAUCGCCGGUCUGCUCAAUGCAUGGGAGGAAGGCUGGUUGCGCAAUUGGAGAGCGCGUGAAGGCGUCAUCAAGAUUAUCGCUGACCUCGCUGGCGGACCUGAACGACCUGAUAGCAUACGUGCACUGUUAAGAAAAGCACUUGAAGACGACUUUGGUGCAGUGAGGGAGACCGCUAUCUCUGUGGCUUUAGCAUCCUCAGUAGGUGGGCUAUCAAUCUUAGUGGAUGAUGCAAGAUGGCACACUCUCGAGCGGUUAAGCAAUGAUAGCAUAGUGGGCGUUCGCAUUGGCGUCGCUCGUUUAUCUGGGUCGAUACUUGGUCUUUUCGUCGUCUGUAAUGCCAUCAUAUGCACCAUUGCUGUAUGGAAUCGCAGCCUCGUCCAAGCUACAGGAAGCCAGACUGAUCCAUUCUCUUCGCGAGUGUGGAUCGAAUGUGCAUGGGUAGCACUCAUCUGGCUCAUGCAGUUGGGUGGUGCGGCCGCCGUGACCGCAAUUGCACCGCAUAUUCAAUGCUCCGCACAAGUCAUAACAGCGGUUACGACACAACCGAUCGAUCCGGGCGUAUGGCAUCACAAUGUUCGUUAUCUCCGCAUUGAGACCACUCGCCAAUGCCUGCCUAGUGCUCAGAACUCGCCGACAACUCCCCGCUUUGUCAAAGGACGCGGAACAUCGGUACCCCAUAAACCCCGUUCGCCUCGCCCAGUUGCUCUGAAUCCGGGCUAUGAACAUCGUGCUGGACUUGACUCUGAGUACGAGAUCGAACAUUAUCGCCCUCAUGAGCCACAACAUAUGCCCGUGGAUUCUGCCUUGUCCUUACCUCAAGCGAUACCUGCUCCCUCUGUAUCAUAUCCUUCCCCCGCUCUCGUCUACUCGCAAAGAAUUCGUGGUUUGAUUCCUCCGCAGAUGGAUAUUUUACCGGCACCUUCUCGACUUAAUACGUCCAUCAGCUAUUCGAAGCCGGUCCAAUCAUCAAUACCGACGCAGGAGGCGCGAGCACCCCCCUCAUCUCCAUCACCCUCAUCUUCGUCGCCAUUUGAUUGGCCUCGAGCAAAUGCUAUGGGACAACCAUUUAGGACAAGAAGGAAACCACCACCCAGCGCUUCGAACAUGGUCCAAUCAUCAAUUCCGGCGCAGGAGGCGCGAACAUCGCCCUCUCCAUCGCCCCCGUCUUCAUCAUCAUUUGAUUGGCCACGAGCAAAUAUCAUGGAGCAACCAAUUAGGGCGAAGAGAAAACCACCACCCAGCGCUUUCGAGUUUCCGGGACGAAGCGCUCCGUCGGAGCUCCCUCCCCUUGAUUCGUUGACACAUCCCCGCACUAGACGGCCUUCUGGUCCUCGCGUGCGGCCACCAUCAGCUGACGAGACACAGCAUCCUACACCUUAUUUGGCCCACCACACACAUUGA